UCCCAUUGAGAAUCUGAGAGUGUUAAUUUGGAAGUCGAUCUCGAGCGUUUCUAGGUGGGGAAUUGCAAAUGUUGAUAACAGAGUAAGAUUUUGUUACAGAGGUGUGGAACUAGCCCUGCCUUCACAGAGGUGAGAUCGGUGGAGUGCAGGCCAGAGCGACUCAGUUAUCGGGAACCCACCAGCCCGCCACCCACGGGCAGCUAUUGAAACCCGGAGUGGAGCGCGGCCAUUGGCAUCCUUGUAUCCUGGGAUUGAGCGGGGCCAUGGAUACCAAGACGUUGUUGUCCUUUUUCGAUUUGCGGCAAAAAUUCGAGCGCGUCCAAAUCGAGGAUGGACGAAAGUUGGAAGAGCCCGACGAUCCUGACGCUUGGGACGCCGUCUUGGCUCCCACGGCCGGGACCACGGCCGAGGCCGGGGCCACGGCAUCCGGCUCAACGCCGGAUGAGCCGUACUAUGUCCAAUACCAAAAACGAGAGUUGGAAGCCCAUCGACGGCGAAUGGCUGAUGAACGCCUCCAUCCUGGGCGGAGUGGCGGCGGAUCGAUUCUUCAUCGGAUGAGUGGUGCCCAUUCAGUGGCGGGUUCGCACAUGACGGGCAUUGAGGCAGCCUCCUCGUUGGGUGGGGCCUCCGAACUCCCACCCAAUCCGGCACGCCCCUUGAGUGAAGAUCUCUUGAGUAAAUACAACUUUGACAAUGUGGGUCUGGAGGCGGGCUCGAAACUGCCCAUCUGGGGCGCCAAAGAAGCCAUCGUCAACACCAUCGACAAUAAUCAGGUGACGAUCGUGUCUGGUUACACGGGCUGCGGCAAAACAACUCAAAUCCCACAAUUCAUUCUCAACCAUGCGGCUCACAAUCGCAAGUAUGUUAAUAUUGUGGUGACUCAACCACGUCGAAUUGCCGCCAAAACUGUGGCCAAACGCGUGUGCACCGAACGAAAUUGGCCUUUAGGCAAGUUGGUGGGCUACAAAAUCGGAUUAGAUAAGGAAUUCUCCUCGCCGGACACGCGACUUCUCUACUGUACCACGGGCAUGCUCAAAAAGAUGAUAAUCAGUAAGAAACACUUGUACGAUUGGACGCACAUCAUUUUGGAUGAGGUUCACGAACGAGAACAGGACAUGGACUUCGCCCUACUUCUGUGCAAGAAGCUGUUGAACACGAAUUCCCUCGGCGUGAAAUUGAUUUUGAUGAGUGCUACAUUGAAUUCGUCGAAAUUGGAGGAUUAUUUCACUCGUGAACUCCCUGGUGUCUCUUUCAUGGAAAAGCCCGGUCGGUAUGAAAUUAAAGCCAAUCAUUCCCGCCAUCAAGUCAACGAAAUCUACUUGGACCGAUUGGUGAAAUACUACCCCGCGGGUUUUGAUGAGCCCGAUAUGCAAGACGGACCUCGAUUACACGAUGCCAAUAUACAUUUGUGUAAAGUGAUUCUGGAGCAACUCGAAAAACUUGACGGGUCCGAGAGUCAGGAUAAAAACACCGGUCAUGUUGGUCCCCACCACAAACAUGCGGUUCUGGUGUUUCUCCCAGGAGAGGCGGAAAUCAUGCGUGUGAAACGGGUCCUGGAGGGCGGCUCCAAGGCCAAAGAAUUGGGAUGGGUCGUUCAUGUUUUGCAUUCCAAAGUGCCUUUGGAUCUCAUCGAGUUGGCAUUCCAAGACCCGCCCCGAGGAUACAGAAAAGUGAUCCUGGCCACGAAUGUUGCGGAGAGCUCGAUCACAAUCCCUGAUGUUAAGUACAUUGUGGACUUUUGUCUCACUAAGAUCUUGAUGACCGAUGUGGUGACGAAUUAUGUCUCUUUGAAAUUGGAGUUUGCCGACAAAAAUAGCUGCAUUCAACGCAUGGGACGCGCCGGUCGUGUCUCAUCUGGUCGAGUUUACAGAUUGGUAAGAAAGUCCUUUUUUGAUGAGUGUUUGGAAGAUUCUCAUCGCCCGGAAAUGCAAAGAGCCCCACUCGACAAGAUCAUCUUGGAGACGAAACAAUUGAACUUCGGGUCACCCAAGGAGUUGCUGGCUUUGGCGCUGGAUCCGCCCGAUUUGAACAAUAUCACCCAGACUGUCAUGACUUUGAAAGUGAUUGGGGCUUUGUUGACCACUAGUGAGGGCAAAACUGUCAUGGAUGACGGUGAUCUUACUCCCUUGGGAGAAAUGAUCGUAUCCUUGCCCGUGGAUGUCCGUUUGGCCAAGCUCAUCAUCCUCGGGCAGCUUUUCAAUGUUCUCAAUGAGACCAUCGUCAUUGCCGCAUGUGUGAGCCAGAAAUCCAUCUUUGCCACUCCCUUGGAAGAGAAAAUAUCGGCCUACUCGUGCAAGAUGCGAUGGGCUCAACGCACUUUCAGCGAUUGCUUCGCCGCUUUGUACGCAUUCACGACCUGGAAAAAACAUGUUCAAGAAGGGUUCUUUCAGAAUCCGUCCCGAAGAGGGGAACACAAACGCCAACUUGAAUGGUGCCAAAAAAGAUUCUUGCAAUUGAAGCUGAAAGUGAGUCUCCAGAGGGUCGGGAUAAGCUCGGACCCGAUGCCGAAUCGACCAAUUUUGACUUGGGCCGAGAAAAUAAACCCGCUACAUUUUGCCAUUUUCGGGGCGUUCUACCCGAACUAUUUCUUCCAACGACACGGUAUCACGGAUCAAAGAGAGAUCCACAAAGACCUGAACGGACGAAGCCCAACACAUUCGGUCUAUUUUACGGGCUUUCCAAUCCAACAAGCCAAAUAUGGGGCCAUCUAUGCCGACCAGGUCAAGGCGCUUUUCCAACCCUGUUCAAUUCCCCCUGAAAAAAUCCACGUCGAGUUCAACUCGUCUCGGAUUGUGGUCCAAUUCACACCCAGUUUGGUGGAUCAAGCAUCUCAAGAGACCUCAAACGAGAAGCAAUUCGAACUUCGAGGACUCAACAACGAUCUUGGUCUCACUGGAGAGAUCAUCCCUCAAGUUUUUGUGGCCAUGAAAUUGAAGCCUUUUGGACGGCACUUUCGUGGAAAAGAGCGUGAAAGUUUGGCCAUCUCGAUUUACGACGAUGCCGUUGCUCAACGGUUGGAUCGAGCCCAAAGGAAACGGAAAGUACGGAGAGAGCCUGCUUCCGAAGACGAGUGCAUUAAUGCAAUGGAAAUUGGACAAAUUCCACCGCCCUCGGUGGCCGUGUCGACCUUGAAUGUAAGCGUAGUCUUUUCCGCCAGUCCGAGUUGCUUUUUCGUUCAACUAAGAACGCCGGCUGCUUCCAAAGACAUGCAAGACAUCGAUGACGCCAUCGAAUUCGCCAUCCAAAACGAGCUCCUUCCCCCUCCUCGAAUCAUUUACAAUCUCAAGAUCGGCAACGUCUAUGUCACCGAUUAUGUCGAACCAGGAGUGGAUGAGGUCUUGUAUUACCGGGUCCGAUUAGAAAGUAUCCUCACUGCGGAUGGAAAUGACUUACAGAAUGGAGUGUUCACCCAAAUGAAUCCGGGCACAUUACCAGGUCAAGGUAUCCUACAUAGAUUAUGGAAAUACCGCUGUCAAAUCUGCCCAAGAUCUCCGAUUGAUUACCCGACAAGUGGCCAAGACCUAUCCGAAUCUCGUGAUAAGAGCCAAGCCCUGGAAUGCACCCUGGCCCGAUUAAAAGCAAACCCUGUGUUGAGCCAAGGCAUGUGGACCAAACAAGCCAAAGACGUGAUGGUUCAAUUGGAAGAUAUAAUGGACUUGGAGGCUGAAAUCUAUUCUGUCGUUGGACGUCCGAGUGGACCCGUGAUGUCGAUUACCUUGUAUGGAAAUGACCGACAGUUCUGCGUCAACGAAAUCCUAAAGCAACCUCAGACGGAUAAUAAGCCCGCCUUGGCCGUGGAAACCAGUGAAAGUUUCCUUUCCGAAAGUAACCACGAAAACCGAGAGCGGAGCCACUUGUUUAGUGACGAGAUCGCUCAAUACGACGCAAAUCAAACCGUCCUUUUGGAAUCAGCCGAAUCUCUUUGCGGCUCCCAAUCCUUGUGA